AUGGUAAAUGAAACAGAUGUCACAGAAUUCUUCCUUUUGGGAUUUUCUGAUGUCCACGAACUACAGGUUUUACAUGUUGCCGUGUUUCUCUGUAUUUACUUGGCAGCUCUGAUGGGGAACUUCCUUCUCGUCCUGAUUGUAGUCCAGAAUCAGUCCCUUCAUAGCCCCAUGUAUUUCUUCCUUGCCAACCUCUCCUUAUCAGAUGCUUUUUAUAUCUCUGUCACUGUCCCCAAAUCCAUGGUGGUUUCAGUGACAAACAACAAACGGAUUUCUUUCUCUGGGUGCGUCAGCCAACUUUUUUCUGUUGUCACAUGUGCAGGUGCUGAGUUGACUUUUCUCUGUGUCAUGGCUUAUGACCGCUAUGUAGCCAUUUGUCACCCUCUUCAAUACAUGAUCAUCAUGAACUGGAAUGCUUGCGUCCAAAUGGCAGCCGCUUCUUGGAUCAGCAGCCUAAUGAAUGCUGCUUUGCACACUGCAAACACAUUCAGGUUACAUUUUUGCGCUUCUAAUAUUAAACAAUUUUUCUGUGAUAUUCCCCAAUUAUUAAUGAUUUCUUGUACUGAUACAAAAGCCAAUGUGAUAGUUCUACUUAUUGAAAUACUUAUUGGUGGGCCAUUUUUCUUUUUUUUUAUUGCAGUUUCUUAUGGGUUCAUCUUCUCUGCAGUGUUUAAAAUUCAUUCAGCCCAGGCCAGGUACAAAGCCUUUUCUACGUGCCUUCCACACUUGACUGUGUUCUCCUUGUUUCUUUCUACCACUGUAUUUUCUUACUUCAGACCAAAAUCUUUAUCUUCACCACCAGUGGACCUUCUGGCAGCUGUAUUGUACACUGUUUUGCCUCCACUCCUGAAUCCUGUUAUUUAUAGCCUGAGAAACAAAGAUAUCCAAGUGGCUAUACAGAAAGUGUCAAAGAAACUGUUGGGAUCUCACUUGAUGAGCUGA